GUCUCAUUCGGUCUAGUCAGCAAACAUCGACGCAUUGAAUUUUACUCACAGUAGAUAUCGUACCUUUGAAAUGUUAAUUUCGCUUUACAAGUCAUAGUAGACCAUACAAUAAGGGAUCAUACUUUUUUAUUCAAACAAUCAAACACAUCGAAUGUUUUAGUGAGCCGAGUUAGCCAUUGUCUUAUUUGAAGUGUCAAAAAAAACGUGUCUCGAGUGGUAUUAUAUUUGAGCUUUGAUAUCAACAAAGAAGCGAAAGGAUUUUGGCUUGUCCUUGCAUUUGCCAAUAAAGGAAAACUUUUCAUUUUUGAUCCAAAAAAUCCAAAAAUAUUCCAAAACUUAGCGAAAAAAUGAAAGGAAACUGUGUCGUUUGCAAUGCUCAAACGGAAUUGAAAUGUCAAGGCUGCGUGGAACGUGGCGUGUCUUCAGUGGAAAUAAAAUUUUACUGUGGAAAAGGACAUCAAACGGUCGAUUGGAAAAAUGGCCAUAAUAGAAUUUGCUGCACGAAACCAAAAUCAAAAUCAAUUGGCUUCCAUGUCUAUCAAUUCAAAAUAACUUUGGUUGGUGCUGAAGCGCCAUUCGUUGGUGACAUGAUUCAACCUCCGAUCUGGCGUCGUAUUCAAAUCAAUAAGAAUUCCACUUUUCGUGAUCUUCAUAAGGCCAUUUCCAUCUCAAUGGGAUGGUUUGAAUGCCAUCUACAUGAAUUUCGAACAGCGUCUGGAGACGUAAUCGGCAUGCCACAUGAUGAGGAUUUCGGGAUGGUGAAAAAAACGAUUCCGGAAAGGUCAGUCAAGUUGGUCACUCAUUUUAAGAAUAUCGGAGAUAGUUGCGUUUACGAGUAUGACUUCGGUGAUGGAUGGAUUCACGAAAUAUUAUUGGAGGGUAUUCACCUGGCAGAUGAUAAAGUUGUUUAUCCGACUUGUGUUGGUGGAGAAAGGGCAUGUCCACCAGAAGAUGUUGGUGGUGUGUAUGGAUAUUCAGAACUUAUUGCCGCCUACCAAAAAUCUAACAAUUCUCGGAAUAAGAAUGAACGAGAAAAGAUCGAUUGGGUAAAGAAUCACUCGUUCGGAUACAAAAAUUUCCAUCCGGAUCGAUUCGUUCCAUCCGAAGUGAAAUGGAACAUGUUCAAUUCAAGUGUUUGGGAACAAUGAGAUUUGCAUCGAUUUACUCGAAUCAAUGUUUUGCAAAAUAAAAUUGCAUGGAUGAUACAGUUAAACUUAUACGGAGAUUUUCAAUAAACUUUGACUUUUUUUCAUUCA